UGCCGUUCCUCCCCUCACCCCACCCCCGCCCUCCCCACUCGGCGCUGUAGCGGCUGCUCAGCUGCUGCCAUGGAUCCUGCGGAGCUAGAGAAGAUCCUAAAGGAGCUGCUGCUGCCGGACACCGAACGCAUCCGCCGGGCCACGGAGCAGCUCCAGGCUGCCCUUCGGGACCCUGCUGCCUUGCCUGCGCUUUGCGACCUGUUGGCCUCUGCGACAGACCCACAGAUCCGCCAGUUUGCAGCGGUCCUUACCCGUAGAAGGCUGAGCACCCGCUGGCGACGCUUGGCACCUGAGCAACGCGAGAGCCUCAAGAACCUGGUCCUGACAGCCCUACAGAGAGAGACAGAGCAUUACGUGAGUGUCAGCUUGGCUCAGCUCUCAGCCACCAUUUUUCGAAAGGAAGGCCUGGAAGCCUGGCCUCAGUUCUCGCACCUUCUUCAGCAGAGCACGCACAGCGCCAUCAGCCCUGAGAGAGAGGUGGGGCUUUUGCUGCUGAGUGUGGUAGUGUCUACCCAACCGGAAGCAUUCCACCCCUACCAACGGGAGCUCCUCCAGCUUCUGAUCGAAACUCUGGGUGAAGUAGGCGCCCCUGGCCUGCUCUUCUACUCCCUGCGCACUUUGACUGCCUUGGCCCCCUACCUCAGGCCUGAUGAUGUGCCUCUUGCACGGAUGUUGGUGCCCAAAAUCGUUAUGGCAGUGAGGACUCUGAUCCCCAUAGAUGAGGUAAAGGCCUGUGAGGCCUUGGAAGCCCUGGAUGAGCUGCUGGAGUCAGAUCUGCCUAUUAUCACUCCCCACCUCUCUGAGGUCCUCAUGUUCUGCCUGGAGGUGGCUAAAAAUGUGGCCCUUAGCGACGCACUUCGUGUUCGUAUUCUCUGCUGCCUCAGUUUCUUGGUCAAAGUCAAAAGUAAGGCCUUACUGAAGAACCGCCUCCUGCCUCCCUUGCUGCAUGCCCUUUUCCCAAUUAUGGCUGCUGAGCCACCCAUGGGCCAGUUGGAUCCUGAGGACCAAGAUUCUGAUGACGAUGACUUGGAGAUUGGGCUGAUGGGAGAGACCCCCAAGCAUUUUGCUGUCCAGGUUGUGGACAUGCUGGCACUACAUCUACCCCCUGAGAAGCUCUGUCCCCUUGUGAUGCCCAUGCUGGAAGAAGCCUUACGGAGUGAUUUCCUGUACCAGCGGAAAGCAGGAUUCUUGGUGUUGGCUGUCCUGUCUGAUGGUGCUGGUGACUACAUCAGGCAAAGACUGCUGUCCCCGCUGCUCCAGAUCGUGUGCAAGGGCCUGAGUGACUCCUCACAGAUUGUUCGCAAUGCUGCUUUGUUUGCCCUGGGCCAGUUUUCAGAGAACUUGCAGCCCCAUAUCAGCAACUAUUCUGAGGAAGUGAUGCCGCUACUCCUCACCUACCUGAAGUCAGUGCCCACAGGGAACACACAACACCUGGCCAAGGCCUGCUAUGCCCUGGAGAACUUCGUGGAGAACCUAGGGUCCAAAGUGCAGCCCUACCUUCCGGAACUUAUGGAGUGUAUGCUGCAGCCCCUGAGGAACCCCAGCAAAGCCCGGACCAAGGAGCUAGCCGUGAGCGCCAUAGGGGCCAUUGCCACAGCUGCUCAGGACUCCCUGCUGCCCUACUUCCCCACCGUCAUGGAGCUUAUCCGGGGGUUCCUGCUGACAGGCCACGAGGACCUUCAGCUUGUACAGAUCCAGAGCCUGGAGACCCUGGGAGUGUUGGCCCGAGCGCUGGGAGAGUCCAUGAGGCCCCUGGCUAACGAGUGCUGCCAGCUGGGGCUGGGGCUGUGCAGCCACGUGGAUGACCCUGACUUGCGGCGCUGCACGUACAGCCUGUUUGCAGCCUUAUCAGGGUUGAUGGGAGAGGGCCUGGCACCCUACCUGCCUCAAAUUACCACGCUCAUGCUGAUAUCACUGCGAUCCACCGAGGGCAUUGUGCCUCAGUAUGAUGGGAUCAACUCCUUCCUUCUAUUUGAUGAUGAGAGUGAAGAAGAGGAGGAAGAUGACCUCAUGGAUGACGAUAUGGAAGAUGACGACGAUUCUGAGAUCUCGGGGUACAGUGUGGAGAAUGCCUUCUUCGACGAGAAAGAAGAUACCUGCACUGCCCUGGGGGAGAUCUCUCUGAACACCUGUGUGGCCUUCCUCCCGUACAUGGAUUGCGUCUUCGAUGAAGUGUUCAAACUGCUGGAGUGUCCCCAUGUGAAUGUGCGGAAGGCAGCGCAUGAAGCCCUGGGGCAGUUCUGCUGUGCACUACACAAGGCCCAUCAGAAAAGCUCUUCAGAAGCCGCCAGUGCCGCUCUGCAGCUUGCCUUGGCUCGAGUGAUGCCAUCUUACAUGCAGGCAGUGAAAGGAGAAAGGGAACGCCCAGUGGUGAUGGCCGUGCUGGAGGCCCUGACAGGGGUGCUGCGCACCUGUGGAACUCUCGCAGUGCAGCCCCCAGGACGCCUCAAUGAUCUCUGCAUCGUGCUCAAGACUGUGCUGCAGAAGAAGACAGCCUGUCAGAACGCCGAGGAGGAGGAAGAGGAUGACGAUGAGGACCAGGCAGAGUAUGACGCCAUGUUACUAGAGCAUGCUGGAGAGGCUAUCCCUGCCCUGGCCGCUGCAGCUGGAGGACAGUCCUUUGCGCCUUUUUUUGCCAGUUUCUUGCCAUUAUUGCUGUCUAAGAUGAAACAGAGCUGUACUGCGGCAGAGAAGUCCUUUGCAGUGGGAACGCUGGCAGAGUCCAUUCAAGGUCUGGGUACCGCCUCAGCCCAGUUUGUGUCUCGGCUGUUCCCUAUACUGUUAAACACUGCCCGGGAAGCGGACCCUGAGGUGCGGAGCAAUGCUGUCUUUGGACUGGGUGUACUUGUAGAACAUGGGGGCGGCCCUGCUCAGGAUUACUUCCCUAAGCUAGUGGGCCUCCUCUUGCCCCUCCUGGCAAGGGAGCGACAUGAUCGAGUCCGUGAUAACAUCUGCGGGGCUCUUGCCCGUCUGCUGAUGGCCAGUCCAGCAAGGAAAGCAGAUCCCCAGGUGCUGGCUGCCCUGCUACAUGCCUUGCCACUGAAGGAAGACAUGGAGGAGUGGAUCACUAUGGGUUGCCUCUUCAGCUUCCUGCACCAGAACAGCCCUGACCAGGUUGUAGAUGUGGCUCCUGAGCUCUUCCGCAUCUGUAGCGUGAUUCUGGCAGACGACAGGAUCUUGCCAGACGCCAAGGGAGCACUACUGCAGCUCCUGACGUUCCUGGCCAAAGAGCAUGCUGAAAGCUUCCAUGCAGCCCUGGGCUCACUGCCUGCUGAUAAGGCUCAGGAACUCCAGGCCAUGCUGGGCCUCACUUAGACUAUAGGCUUCAGCUGGGCCAGAGGGCCUGAAGACCACCAGUCAGCCCAGGCCCAGCUCACCUCACCAAAGACUGUAUCGUUGGAAGUCAAUCCUGCUUGCUGUCUUAACAGGGGUGUCUCUGGGGCUGGAUCUAUUCCAAGCAGAGCUGUGACAUCAUACUGUAAUAAAGGCAGCUUGUUUUCUGCUUGGACACUA